AUGGCCCAGCCCGCCCCCCGACGCUUCGCGCCGCUCGGUGACGCGCCCGCCGGCCACCAUGGCUUGCCCCAGCUGAAGGGCGUAGUGUUCGACAUGGAUGGGACCCUUUGCCGGCCGCAGAACUACAUGUUCGCGGAGAUGCGCGCGGCGCUGGGGAUCGGGCCGGAGGUGGACAUCCUGGAGCACGUGUACGGGCUGCCGAGCGCGGGAGAGCGGGACGCGGCGAUGGCGGCGAUCCGGGCGGUGGAGCGGCGGGCGAUGGCGCGGCAGGAGCCGCAGCCGGGGCUGCUCGCGCUCGUCGCCUACCUCGAGGCGCGCGGGCUGCCCAAGGGCAUCUGCACGCGCAACUUCGAGCAGCCCGUCGCCCACCUGCUCGCCCGCUUCCUCCCCGGCCGCCUCUUCGCCCCCGUCGUCACCCGCGACUUCCGCCCCCCCAAGCCCGACCCCGCCGGCAUCCUCUUCAUCGCCCGCCGCUGGGGCCUCCUCCGAGUCCCCGACCCCGCCGCCGACCCCGCCGACGCCCCCGACGCCUCCGGCCUCAUCAUGGUCGGCGACUCCAUCGACGACAUGACCGCCGGCCGCCGCGCCGGCGCCGCCACCGUCCUCCUCGUCAACGACGUCAACCGCCACCUCGCCGACCACGACCACACCGACCUCGUCAUCGAGCGUCUCGACGACCUCGUCGACGUCCUCGAGCGCGGCUUCGUCGGCCGCGACAUCGGGACCCCCGCCUCUGCCGUCUCUUCCCCCUGA